AUGGCACACGGAAAGGCAAGGAGUGCACCAUACGGUGACUUGACUUUUGAGUCGACUCAUCGACUCACGAAGCUGCGAGAGUCCCUUCAGCAUUGGCAAAGUAAUAAAGCACCUGAUGGCACACGGAAGGGGCACAGGCAAGGGGCACAUGCAAGGGGCACAGGCAAGGGGCACAGGCAAGGGGCACAGGCAAGGGGCACAGGCAAGGGGCACAUGCAAGGGGCACAGGCAAGGGGCACAGGCAAGGGGCACAGGCAAGGGGCACAGGCAAGGGGCACAGGCAAGGGGCACAGGCAAGGGGCACAGGCAAGGGGCACAUGCAAGGGGCACAGGCAAGGGGCACAGGCAAGGGGCACAGGCAAGGGGCACAUGCAAGGGGCACAGGCAAGGGGCACAGGCACAGGCAAGGGCACAGGCAAGGGGCACAGGCAAGGGGCACAUGCAAGGGGCACAGGCAAGGGGCACAGGCAAGGGGCACAGGCAAGGGGCACAGGCAAGGGGCACAGGCAAGGGGCACAGGCAAGGGGCACAGGCAAGGGGCACAGGCAAGGGGCACAGGCAAGGGGCACAGGCAAGGGGCACAGGCAAGGGGCACAGGCAAGGGGCACAGGCAAGGGGCACAUGCAAGGGGCACAGGCAAGGGGCACAUGCAAGGGGCACAGGCAAGGGGCACAGGCAAGGGGCACAGGCAAGGGGCACAGGCAAGGGGCACAGGCAAGGGGCACAUGCAAGGGGCACAGGCAAGGGGCACAGGCAAGGGGCACAGGCAAGGGGCACAGGCAAGGGGCACAGGCAAGGGGCACAGGCAAGGGGCACAGGCAAGGGGCACAGGCAAGGGGCACAGGCAAGGGGCACAGGCAAGGGGCACAGGCAAGGGGCACAGGCAAGGGGCACAGGCAAGGGGCACAGGCAAGGGGCACAGGCAAGGGGCACAGGCAAGGGGCACAGGCAAGGGGCACAGGCAAGGGGCACAUGCAAGGGGCACAGGCAAGGGGCACAGGCAAGGGGCACAGGCAAGGGGCACAGGCAAGGGGCACAGGCAAGGGGCACAGGCAAGGGGCACAUGCAAGGGGCACAGGCAAGGGGCACAGGCAAGGGGCACAGGCAAGGGGCACAUGCAAGGGGCACAGGCAAGGGGCACAGGCAAGGGGCACAGGCAAGGGGCACAGGCAAGGGGCACAGGCAAGGGGCACAUGCAAGGGGCACAGGCAAGGGGCACAUGCAAGGGGCACAGGCAAGGGGCACAGGCAAGGGGCACAGGCAAGGGGCACAUGCAAGGGGCACAGGCAAGGGGCACAGGCAAGGGGCACAGGCAAGGGGCACAUGCAAGGGGCACAGGCAAGGGGCACAGGCAAGGGGCACAUGCAUUGGGCACAGGCAAGGGGCACAUGCAUUGUCCCUUCAGUGCUGGCAAAGUAG